UGGCGGCGGUGGCGGCGGCGUCGGUGGCGGCGUCGGUGGCGGUGGCGUCGGUGGCGGCAGAUACGAGCCACCGCCCUGAUGCCGCCAGCUAUGACGGACCGACACCCUACAGCAUGAAGAGUCUGAAGCAGAUAUUCGACGAGGGCACGCCGCACCCGUCGUCCGGCUAUGACAGUUCGCUGACUACCACCUCUGAGGAAGUGGGCGACUCAGACCGGGGCACUGAGGUCGAGGUCCUGCCGUGGAAUGUCCAGCCCGCCGAGAACUACCCCCAGGGCCACGACUCGCAGACAGAAGAUGCUGAGACGACCCACUCAUCUGAGCCCCCCUCCAGCAUGGACGAGCAGGGGCCAGCCGACGGACCGGUCCAGUUCCGACAUGCUGGGAGCCGAGGACUGGGGAUCGCAGACGGGAUUCCUGGCGGCGCCGGACGGCGGCUCGUCGGCCGCAGCUCGCCGCCCAGGCCCCGGCUCCAGCUCCCGCAGCGCCACCGAGAUGAUCUACACCACCAACCUGGCGUGGCAGAACAUCGGUCCGACUGGCUGGGGCAGCGGCGGACAGACGCCACCCACGCCCGGCUCUCAGGAGACCCUGCCGCGCGCCCCCCUCUCGGCCGGGUCAAAAAACGCGCGCAGGGCCGCGCCCGCUCACCCUGAGUCUGGAGCGUGGCCCGCGCAGCAAGAGCCCGUCGGCGGCACUCGUCGCACGCCGUCCAGUGGCAGCCAGGGCGGCGGCCCACCCGGCAUGGUGUACAUGUCGGGCCUGAGUUACUCAGGCGCCGCUCAGUGGCCGCCGUCGCCGGAUACGCCGGCCUCGAGCGGCGGCAUGGGCACUCAGCUGGCGCCGUCCGCCGCCAGCCAGUCGCAGGAGCAGCUGGGCACACCGGCGCCGGCGGUGACGGCCGGGGCACCACAGUCCGAUGGGCUGGCCUACGCCAGCGGCCUCGCGUACGGCGGCGGCCCGGCACCCGGCCAGUGGCCACCCAGCCCGGAUACGCCAGGCUCACGAGCCAGCCGCACCUCGUCGGCCGGCGGGCCGCUGGCGCCGCAGGGCGCGCCCGCUCGCUACACGGACGGCCUCCUGUGGAGCGGCGCUCCAGACUGGCCACCCAGUCGAGCCACGCCCAGCCGCUCACUCGAGAAGCACGGCCCGUAUGGGCUCUCGUCCGAAGAGCGCAUCCGAGGCGUGGCGCAACAGAUGAUGGCGCGCGUGUCGCAGUCGCGGCCGUCCUCGUCGUCGUCGGUCGGUCCGCCCGGGGGCUACAUCCGCGGCCCCGUCAAUUGGCCACCGUCGCCACCGACGCCGAUGGGCCGCGACAGCGUCAUCAUCGACUCGGACCGGCAGACGGUGGUGGUGAGGCACGGCGCACCCGGCGCCAAGUACGCCGCCGGUAUGGACUGGGCCGGCCCGUCCGCCUGGCCACCCAGCGUGGCAACGCCCGCCUCCCGCGAGUCGGUUGGCGUAGUGCGGGGCAGGUCACGGCCUGGCUCGUCCGUCGCCGCACCGGCCGACCACUCGUCCUCGGAGACGCUCGUCCAGGGUCAGGACGGCAACAGCCCCAGAGAAGGAGACGUCCUGCCAUGGAGCAUGCGGCCAGCCUCCAACUACACGGCUCCGACGGACGGCAGCACGUCGACCCCAGUCUCCGGCCUGUACGCGCUGCCGCCCGACGACGACUACGACGGCCCGGCUCCGUACACGGCCGCCAGCCUGCAGCGCAUAUUCGACCAGGGCACCCCGCACGACGUGCCCAGCGCCUAUUUCACGCCCUCCGCAGUACUGCUGCUCGCAGGAGGAUUACUAUACGCCGGCACAGUCGGCCAACGAGAUGAUGGCCGAGGCGAGCGACUCCGGAAGCCACAGCCCGGCUCCGGGCGAGCGGGAGCGUACCCCACAACAGGAGCAGAGACAGGAGCAGGAGCACGAACGGCAGCGCGGACAGGAGAGCGACAGGGAGCAGGAGACGCGUGUGCUGGAGCCGGCUGUCUCCUCCGAGGAGCAGGAAGCGCCCUACGCGAAGACACCGAGCGGGCAGAGCAUCGACGAUGGCGAGCUGGCCCACUACCAGGAGCGUGAGGAGUUCGCAUCGCGAGGCCAGCGCCUGAUGAGCCGGUACGAGGGUGUGCAACCAUGUCUGCCGCGAGAGGCGCUGCAGCGGGGCACCGACGGCGGCUCGGAGCCCUUCUCGUCACCGCGCACUGAUGCCAGCGCCCAGUAUGAGCCGGCGCAAGGCGAGUAUGGCUACCAGCAGUACCCGCAGGGCUACGAGCCGCCGCAGAUGUGGUACGGGCACGAACGAGCGUCGCUGCCGUCCGACGCCGGUUCGGAAAUUGCGCCCGCCAGCUUACGCCACGUCCGACUACGGCCAGUCACAGGGAGAGUCGGACUAUCCGGCCAGCCUGGACGACACGUCCUCGAUGGGCGCCUCCACUGAGCUCGGCUAUGGCGCGCAGCCGCCGACGCCGGCGAUGCUGGCGCCGCCAAUCACCGAGGACGAGAACUAUGACGGGCCCAGUCCGGAUACGACGCGCACGCUGGCAAGUAUCUUCGCCGCGGGUACACCGUACGGCGGCCAGGGCUCCGCGGGAGGCGGAGCGCCUCCGGAAGACAGACGCGGCACUGGAGCGCCGCCAGGGGCGUACGAACCGGCGCAGGGCGAGUACGGCUACCAGCGGUACCCGCAGGGCUACGAGCCACCGCAACUGUGGUACGGCCACGAGCGAGCGUCGCUUUCGUCGCAAGGUACCAGCGAGAGAUCAGCACCGACCAUUGCCCGACCGGACUCAUCUGAUCAAUCUGCAUUUGAGGAUGCCGAAGAUUUCGACUACAUGAGCCCAGAUACUACGCGCACGCUCGCACGCAUACUGGAAGGCGAAACCCCUUACCCGGUGGAGGAGAGCAUGGCCAGGCCACCCCCCACUGGCGUCUCAAGAGGUUUUCUGGACGGCGGAGAAGGGUACGAGCCGGCCCAAGGCGAGUACGGAUACCAGCGGUACCCGCAGGGGUACGAGCCACCGCAAUUGUGGUACGGCCACGAGCGAGCUUCGCUGCCCUCUCCAGGAACAGAGGGCAGAGGGUCCGGCAGUCAGCCGGCCACCGAACCGGCUGCUCUGCCAGAUGACUCAAACCUUGAUUACGUCAGCCCCGACACUACUCGCACAUUAGCGAGAAUCUUUCAACAGGGAACACCAUAUCCUGUUGAAGGCGGGGAGGUUGGUGACCUUGGAGCCUCACCAGAGGGACCUCCAUCAGGAGGAGGUCGGGACGGUGGAGAGGGGUACGAGCCAGCCCAGGGGGAGUACGGCUAUCAGCGGUACCCGCAGGGGUACGAGCCGCCGCAGAUGUGGUACGGUCAUGACAGGGCAUCGCUUGCGGCUGUGCCAUCACAGCAAAAGACAGACCAGGCAAAUGCUUCCGCGCCUAUCUCUAUGGAGACGGAAGAUUAUGACUUUGUGAGCCCGGACACCACAAAGACGUUAGCUCGCAUACUUCAAGGAGAAACACCGUAUCCUCUUUCUGGAGAGGCUGGUGGUUCUGGUGUUAGUGAGGGCCCUCCAGGAGGAGGUCAGGUCGGAGGUGAAGGGUACGAGCCAGCCCAGGGAGAGUACGGCUAUCAGCGGUAUCCGCAGGGGUACGAGCCACCGCAGAUGUGGUACGGUCAUGACAGGGCAUCGCUCCCGGCUGUGCCGUCACAGAAAAAGACAGACCAGGCGCAAAAUGCUGCCCCUAUCUCUAUGGAAACGGAGGAUUACGACUUUAUGAGCCCGGAUACCACGAAAACGUUAGCUCGUAUUCUCCAAGGCGAGACACCAUAUCCUGUUCCUGGAGAGGCUGGCGGUUCUAGUGUUAAUGAGGUUCCUGCAGAAGGAAUUCAGGUCAGAGAGGAGGGGUACGAGCCAGCACAGGGAGAGUACGGAUAUCAGCGGUACCCGCAGGGGUACGAGCCACCGCAGAUGUGGUACGGCCAUGAUAAAGCCUCACUUCCGUCACAGCAAGAAGUCGACCAGGCACAAACACAGGGACAAGGUCUUGCUGUCCUGCCCGAAGCCGAAAAUUACGACUUUGUGAGCCCGGACACCACCAAGACAUUGGCUCGCAUAUUUCAGGACGGCACUCCAUAUCCUGUCCCGGGCGAGGUUCCCGAUGAUGGACCAGGAGGAGGACCACCCGGAGGAGGACCGCCCGGUAGAGGCCCUCCCGCGGGAGGUCCACCCGGAGGAGGCCAGGAUGACGCCGAGGGGUACGAACCCGCCCAGGGUGAGUACGGUUACCAGCGGUACCCGCAGGGGUAUGAACAGGCACAAAUGUGGUACGGCCACGACAGAGCUUCACUUUCGCAGCCAGGGGAACGCAGCAGACAAGCCACGAGUGCCCUAUCCGCUCCAGCGCCGGUUCCCGUGGCCGAAGACGAAGACUACGAAAGCAUCAGUCCCGACACGACCCGCACGCUGGCACAGAUCUUCGAGUCCGGCACCCCGCACAGCGGCCAGGUCCGACCCCAGCAUUCGGCUUUGCGCAGCGACCGGGAGGCGGUGCUCAUGACGCCCGACAGAUGCUCAACCGCAGAAGCUGACGACGAUAACCUCGCGGCCACCUGCCAGGACCUGGGCACCUGGUCGGAGACGUCGAUCGGCUCGGUAGCGACUCCGCAAGCCAGCCGGAGCGCCGAGUACGUGCCGGCAGCCGGCAUGUACGGCUUCCAGCCACCGCUGGGUCCGCCCAGCCGAGGCUCAGUCGAGUACCUGCCCGAGCCGGACGGCACCUACACGCAGGGACUGUGUGCCUUCGCCUGCCCCGACUCUUGGCCGCCGACGCCGCCGACGCCGCGCUCCGAGGAGGAUGUGACGUCGGCCGGGGAGGGCGGUCAUCAAGUGUCGCCGGCACGCAGGGGGCAGUACAUGGAAGGCCUCAACUGGGACGAGGUCAAGAGGUGGCCGCCAACUCCCGAGACGCCCAGCUCUCUGGAGGAUGUCCGGCCGUCUGAGGGCACCGGUCCAGGCCGGACCGCGCCCGUUCCACUCAGCCCAUACACACAAGGCCUGGUCUGGGACAGUGUGAAGGGGUGGCCGCCCACUCCACCGACGCCCUCCUCCAAGGAGAAGCUGGCACCGGAAGGCGCGCUAGCAACGCCCCUCCAAGAGGGCACUCCGCACGCACCCCACGGCAAGCCACCGUCAGGGUCAGACGGGGAGGGCCACGAGCCGGCUCAGGGUGAGUACGGCUUCCAGCGUUACCCGCAGGGGUACGAGCCGCCGCAAAUGUGGUACGGCCACGAGCACGCCUCCAUCGCGUCACCGCGCAGCUCGCAGGACCUCGGCAGCCAGGCUGUCUCCUCCGGCGACCCGUCUCCUCGUCUGGACGUGAUUCCACGCGACGGCGGCGACUACGAGCCGGCACAGGGUAUCUACGGCUUCCAGCGGGUGUUCGCCACUGACGCCAGCGCCGACGCGGCGCAACCAGCCGCUGCCGCCGCCGCUGAGUCGGCCGAGAACUUUGACGGCCCCAGUCCGGACACAAGCCGCAGUCUGGAGCGCAUCUUCGAGGCGGGCAGUCCGCACCCGACCGUCGGCGAGCAGCGCACGCUCACGCCGUCGCCGAACCUGCCCGCCUUCCUGGAGAAGCUGACGAGCAGCUCCGAGUCGGAGGACAGCGCCAGCCGGCAGCGGCGUCGGCCGUCCGAGUCGGCGCCGGCCGUGCGAGUGCCACGGAACCGCUUCUACUCGAUGGAAGAGAUGUGCACAACGGCACCGAGCCCGCCCAAUCUGGCCCUUUCCUCCUCGAGCCUGCACGUCACGCGCUCAGUCCGAUCCGGUGACCAGCAGUGCUACCUGCCCUGGAUGCACCGGGCACCAGUUCCGUACAGAAGUCCGCAGACCGCGCAGUUCGUAGAUUACCAGGAGCCACCGCUCGUGGACAUGGAUGACGUGAGUAGCGUUCCAACGCCCACAUCCGACAGAUCUCGCCGCUCAGACUCGGACAAGACACAGCCGUCAGAGCCUCCAGGCGACUACUUCGCGCCGGCGGGCGGCAGCAGCGUGGACACGCCGUCAUCUGGGAGGUACGAGCCGCCGCCGGACGCGGCCAGCUACGACGGACCAUCGCCCUACACGGCCGCCAGUCUGCAGCGCAUCUUCGACGCCAGUACCGGUGGCAAGCAGCAAGAAUCUCCCCUUGCUGGCGAGUCUAAGUCUGUUGAGUCGGCACACAACGACAUUGAGGACAUGCUGCAGCGUCUCCGCUCUCUCGAGUCUCGGCUACACUCUGUGGAGGAUGAGUCGCAGAGCAAGGACCGCCAGAUCCAGGAUCUGCUCUCGAGGCUAGAGGGUCUGCUGACUUCUGGCGGUGCCGACGGGCAGAGCGACCUAAACGAGCGACUCCAGUCGGCGACCGAGACCGUUGCCAAGCUCGAAGAAACUGAGGGCAAGCUCGAAAAGGAAUUGGCGGACGCCAAAAAAGAGAUCGACAGCUAUGUUGCUAAGUUGGAGUCGUACCAGGGCCGUUCUGAGGAGAUUGAGAUGCGCCUGGCCGAGUCGCAGCGACUGCAGGCGGCUGGUGACCAGCAGCUGCAGGAACUGGCGCAGCAGUGCGGCCAGCUGGCGGCCGAGCGAGACCAGUUGGCGCGACAGCUAGAGGAGAGCGCCGCCAUCGUCACGGAGAAGGAGGCGCGCGUUGACCAGCUGGUGCAGCAGCUGCAGGAGUACAGCGACCGUGUGGCGCAACUGGAAGCAGAUCUGAAGGAUGGUGUUGUGCCAGCCGACUCGGCCGACAUCGCCGCCGAGAACCAAUAUCUCCGAAAUCGGGUGGAGGAAUUGGAGCAGGGGCAGCAAACCGAGGAACAGUGGAAAGAACAGGCUGAGGAAGCGGACGAGCGCGCCCGGGCGAUGGAGAAGGCACUGGACCAGCUAGCCUCGGAGAAGCGGACGGAGGAGGAGCGGCGCCGAGAGGUUGAGACGCAGCUGGUGCAGAUGGUGCGCAAGACGUCAGUGGCGCGUGUCACCGCCUCCGAGGAUGACACAUCCGCCACUGAGGAGAGCAGCGCCGACGACCUGUUGGACCCGCAGCUGUGCCGCCGGCUGCAGCAGCUGCUGGACAAGCUGCAUGGCCAGGGUCUACAGGCGCUCAACUUAGUGGAGCUGCGCUUUGUAAAGGCGUACGCCACGCCGAGUCAGCUGACGCCGCGAGCGCUACCGGCCGAGGCGGCCGUCCAUGUGUCGGACAUGGACACGGCCACCCUGCAGCGGGCCUUGGCACGGUUGGCCGACGAACUGGGCAACGCCGAACAGGAAAUGAACGCCAAGGUGAAGCAGCUGGCCGUCAGCCUGCAGGAGGAGACAGGUCUGGUGCAGGAGCUGCAGACGACGCUGGAGGCAGAGCACCAGACCAAGCUGACGCUGACUGAGCGGCUGAGCGAGACGCGCACGGCCAGCGGCGCGCUCGAGACGGAGCUGACGCAGUUACAGGGGCGGCUGCGCGGUGCCGACGAGCGGCCCGACAAAGCCCGGUCAGACGCGGACACCCGGCUGCGCGAGUUCGCCGCCGCCAAGACGGCUACCCAGCAGCUCGUGGAGCGCGAGCAGAAGAUAAUGCAGGAGCUGAUCCGCACAACCGACGCCGGCUGCAAGGACCUUGCGCGGGUGAUGACGUGCCUAGCCAAGCUGGACGGGGCCGGCGACCAGAUUGUCGAGCUGUGUGCCGACCCGGGCAACCAGAGCGCCGUCAAGCGGCUGGCGGAGGAACUGCUGGCAGAGCAACAGCGCUGUCGCGACAUGCUGGCUUGUCUGGAGUGCGAGCGCGGCCGUGCGGGUCAGCUGUCGCAAGAGCUGGACCAGGGGCGCGCCCAGGCCCAGGCCGACGGCAAGACAUCAGAGCAGCUGGGACAGCGUGUCUCCGAGCUGGAGCAGCGCUCAGAGAAGCUCAGGAAACAGACAGAUGCGGCGUGCGCUGAGGCGCAGGAAGCGGGCACCGACGACCAGGCGCCGCUGGAGGCCCAAGUGAAGCGGCUGCUGCAGGAGUUGCGGCAGGUGCAGGGAGCCCGCCAGAAGGCAGCAGAUGACGUGCAGAAGCCGGCGGCUGAGCUCAGCCAGCUGACGGCAGACUUGCGUCUCUCGGCCGCCGACGCUCUCACCACGGUCGCCGCCAUCGUGGACACGAACGUGGACGCCGAGCGGAUCCGGACCCGGAUCAUUCAGCUGGGUACCGAGCUGGCUGGCCGGGACGUGUCACCUCCCUCCGCUCCUGCCCC